AUGGCCGACGAAUUCCAAGAAUCAGAUCUCUUCUUCGAAACAAAUGCUGCCGGAAUUUCAAUAAAAGGACUCGAUGAUACCAAUAUUUACAACACUCACCAACACUCGAAAUUCUCCGAUUUCAACAAAUCCAAGAGGAAAAAGAAACAACCUGUAGAGAAGAUGAAGAACAAAUCGGUUCCCGUGAAUAUUCCCGAGAAUUUCUCCGGAAGAUCACGGUCGUUUCAGUGCUACGAAGAGGAAGGAGAGAUAGUGCCGCCGCAUGAGAUCGUAAGUCGGCGGCGAUUCGCCGGAGAAAUGGCUUGCUCCGGAGAUGGCCGGAGAUUGAAAGGAAGGGAAUUAAAUGAAGUUAGAAAUUCAAUUCUUAGAAUGACGGGAUUCUUGGAAACGUGA